GAAAGAAAGAACUCUCUGUCAUAGCGUCUACCUUCACAGGUUCUGCUCAUAAUGAGGACACUUUCAUCCAUCAGUUUGAUGCUUUUUCUGGCACUGCUGCCUUCGUUACUUCUGCGAUCUUCGGCGGCGGCCGACAACGGAGAUGACUGCCUGAGAAUUGCCUGCAACGUGACCGAGUAUCCUGACUUAUGCUUCACCAAACUUUCUUCCUGGCCGAACACGGUAAAGCGCAGCUGGACUGGGCUCGCCCGGGCUGCCAUCUCCGUCACUGUAACUGAGACUAAGAACGUAUCUCGGUACAUUCUGGGACUAAGGAAUGUGGGACUCACGGGAACGGCGAGUAUGGCGCUUGUGGACUGCAUAGAGUGCUUUGGAGAUGCUCUGGAUAACCUGUACAGGUCCUUGUUCCAGAUCCGAGUGCUCGAAAACGACAACUUCAAGUUCCAGGUGAGCAAUAUGCAGACAUGGCUGAGCGCUGCCAUGAGUAGUGAGGAGACGUGCGUGGAUGGGCUCAAUGGUUCCAAUGGCUCCAAUGGGACUGCUCUGGUGCAGGGACUCAAUACCGCUAUAGGGUGCUUAUCUAAGGUGACAAGCAUUGCGCUGGCUCUUGUUAACACAUUGAACUCAACAGAUGGGCAUAUUUCUGCUGCCCAUUGAUGCCCGAUCUCUCUUUCUCUCAUACUCUCUUUAUAGAUAUGAGUGAAUUGGGUUUAGUUUCUUUCGUUUGAGGAGUAUCUGUGUAGAUCUGUGUUGAAUCCUUGAAAUAAGUUUCAAGAUUUGUAUGUAAGAUUGGUGGGGAGUUCUCAGAGGGAAUUGGACGUUGUUCUUUUCUAUCGA